UAUUGUCAUAUGACUGUGCGUGGGGUCAAAGAUGCUUGGUGUGGUGUAAAGUUUGUUUACUGUGUGUUGUGCGCUAUUUUGAUCCUACUUUUCACCAAUGGGCUGCUGCUUCAGCUGCAACGAAGACAAGCGCUCACAGGAUGAACCCAGCGAGAAUUCUCGACUGCUAGCAAACCCGGUAGGCAAUGCAUCACAGCACUCUUUCCAUGACAGUUACGGUGGCACGCAAAGUGGUUCGGCACAACUUGCCAAAGGGGAUGACCAGAAUGCUCUCAACAGGAUCAUUCAUCAGACGGCGGCGAACGUGAUCGACGUCUCUGCCCUAGACUCUCAGCUGGAGCAGCAUGAGUAUCUCAAUCGGGGCCGGCAGUACGCACAACGCGUCUCCGUGCUCGCACUGCCUGCGGUCGGGCUUCCGUGCUUGCUUGGAGGAAGCAGUGCUCCACAGGAGGUUCUCUGUCGUCCUCCUGUGGCACCGCUCCAGUUGCAGAAGAUGGAUGCCCUGAUGGAGAAAGUCCAACAGGUACUAGCCGAUGUCCAAGUUGAGCACAAGGAGGACUUGGUAGUCCAACUCUGCAGUCCGCCGUAGCAGUCCACCGUAGCCAUGUCCAGCGCGGGGCACCUCCUCUGGCCUACUUGAACUGUAUUCUUGUACAUAUGCUGCCAUAAAAUGCCUUCACAUACGUGGUCA